AUGGGCGUCCCUCCCGGGCACGGUAACCGACAGUUCGUCGAUGACGCGCAGAUCGCCGAGGAGCAACGCGAGCUCGAUACGAAGCUGCGAUCGUCGUCGACCAAGGAUAAACUAGAUGCGUUGAAGAAGCUGAUCGCGCUGAUGGCGAUGGGACGAGACGUGAGCGUGUUCUUCCCGUCGGUGGUGGUGAACAUCGUGAGCGAGUCGUUCGAGGUGAAAGUGUUGGUGUACAUGUUCCUCGUGCGCACCGCGGAUCAAAAGCCCGAGGAGGCGCUUUUGUCCAUUAACUCGUUUCAGAAGGAUUUGGCGCAUCCGAACCCGCGAGUGCGGGCGUUGGCGUUGCGAGUGAUGUCAAGCAUUCGCAUUCAAGUGAUCGUGCCAGUGGUCAUCUUAGCUGCGCGAAAGUGCGCGGUCGAUCCGAGCCCGUACGUUCGUAAGGCAGCCGCGCACGCCGUGCCGAAGAUUUAUAGGAUGGACAACGGACGUCAGGAGGAGUUGAUCGAGAUCAUCGAGACGAUGCUGCGCGAUAGCACGCCCUUCGUCCUCUCCUCCGCGGUGAUGGCCUUCACCGAGGUGUGCCCGAGUAGGAUCGAUUUGCUGCACAGACAUUACCGCAAGAUUUGCCGCAUGCUGGUAGAUAUGGAUGAGUGGGGACAGAUUUUGCUGUGCGAAGUUCUCCUGAGGUACGCGCGCUCGCAGUUUUUGGCGCCCGACACGCAUGCGCGUGAGCUGGGUGCCGUCUCGGGCAAGCACGGUGAGAAGAAACUUGAACUCGCCCUUCCUUCUACAGAACCGUGGUACAAUGAGGAAAGUAAUGCGGGUAUUCAAUCCAUUGUUGCCAGCAGUGCGGCUUUCUACUCAGAUUCAGACGAAGAAGAAGACAGCGACGAGGACAGUGACAGCGACGAGGACAAGGCGAAGAAGGAGAAAAAGCCUGGCGGUGCUACGGCAGAGAGCCGAGGUCCGGGCUGGUUGGACGAAGAUCACCGAUUGUUGCUGCGCUGCACGCGUCCGAUGUUGCAAUCGCAAAAUUCCGGGGUCGUCAUGGCCGUCGCCGCUCUGCAUUUCUACUUGAGCCCAGCGGCGGACUUGCCGAAGGUUGUGCGUGCGUUGGUUUUUGCAGCGCACAGUAAGCCCGAGUCGCAGCACAUCGUCGUCAAGAAUAUUUGCACCAUGGUUGCCACGCAACCACUGUUGUUUCAGUCGCACUUCAACGCGUUCUUCAUCACUCCGAAGGACCCGUUGGACGUCAGAGCGCUCAAGCUUGAAAUUCUCACGCACAUCGUCACGAGUGACAACGCAUCGCUGCUCUUGCGAGAGUUACAGGCGUAUUUGCGCUCGUCCAACUACGAGUUUGUGGCGCUAACGAUCAGAGCAAUCGGCCGCUGUGCAGCUAUCAUGCCACAAAUCGCGUCGGUGUGCAUCCGAUCGUUGCUUGAGCUGUCGCUCCAUCCGAGCCCCAAGGUAGCAUCGGAGGCCGUCGUGGUCAUUCGAGCGCUGGUGCAGCAAAACCCGAAGGAACACAUCGUCGUAGUCAUGCGUUUGAUGCGGCGACUAGAUCAACUCAUGGCACCCGAAGCGAGAUCAGCGGUUAUUUGGCUCGCCGGUGGAGAGAUCUUCGAUGGGAACGAGGAGAAUAUCAAGGCUUCGGACAAGGAGCUUCGCGAAAAGUUUUUUGAGCUCGCCACGCAGAUGAUGCGGCGAGUCGUCAAGGGCUUCGCGGACGAACACGAGAUGACGAGACAGCAAAUCGUCAACACGUGCUGCAAGAUGUACGUCCAGGACCCGUUGAGGAUGUCCACCUCGCUGAAGUAUGUGUUUGCUCUUGGAGCUUCGGAUCCGUCGGUCGACAUGCGCGAUCGCAUUCGCGUUUUCCGCGCGCUGUUCCCGGUUGAUGGUACGCCGAGCUCGGUCAAGCAACAUGGUGAUGCGAUCAUACUGUGCGAGAAGCCCGAGCCGAAGCUUCCUUCGCCCGCGAUGCAGACCUGCGAGCACGCACUUGGUUCUCUGUCGCACUUCCUCGAGCACGUGGCCCCUGGAUACACACCCCUGGUGAAACACCCGAGCGUGCAACCGCCGACGAACGUUCGCGAGCAGUAUUUCUCCGGACCUUCGGGCAGAGACGGGGAUUCAUCCGCCCUGGCGUUGCGCAACGGAAAGUCCAAUGGUCUGGGAACGGGUGGAUUUUACAGUUCUAGCGACGACAGCAGCGAUAGCGACAGCGAGUCCAGCAGUUACACGGGGAGCGAUGACUCGGACAACGACUCGGAUGAAUCGGAUGACGACUCAGACAAUGACUCGGGUGAAUCAGACGACGACUCGGACGACUCGGACGACUCGGACGAUUCGGAUUAG